AUGCAAGCUCAAACAAAUCCAAAUGAGGAUACAGAAUUCAAUGACGCACUCCGGGCACAUGGCAUCUUGCCUCCCAAGCCGCCAUCCCGAUCCCCCUCUCCGGAACCACCAGAAGCAUCAGAAGUACGGAAUGCACAGCUAAAGCAAGCAACAGUUGCAGACCUAGACGAGGAGAUCGAUCUUUUAGCCGAUGACGGAAAGGGAAACGAUGAAGAAGAAAAGAGAUUGAUAGAACUGCGACGGAGAAGAAUGCAAGAUUUGAUAAAAGAACAAAAGAAAGGCAAAUUUGGGCGAGUAUAUCCGAUAGCAAGACAAGAUUAUACCCGGGAAGUGACUGAUGCAAGUAAAGAACCCGCAGAUGGACAAUCAGCACAAGAAGAAAGAGAAGAAGAAGAAAGGCAGCGGACCAAAGGAACGAGCGUAAAUGAAGAGCAACCACAGAGGAAAGGAACGGGUGUAGUAUGCUUCUUGUACAAUGAUGCACUAGAAACUUGCCGACUUUUGUCAGGAUUCUUGGAUACGCUCGCAGCCAAAUAUCCAGCUACGAAAUUCGUUAGUAUCGUAGGUGAUAAAUGUAUUCCAAACUAUCCUGACAAGAAUCUUCCGACGAUGUUGAUUUAUCGAAACGGAGAAUUGCAUCGACAAAUUGUUGGCCUACGACCGGAGAUUGGUUUAGACGGAAUGAAGACAAAAUUGGAGGACAUCGAAUUACUCCUGCUAGCUGUAGGUGUAAUUGAACGCUCUACAGUACCCGGAUCAUCGAGCUACGAGCCAGGAUUGCAAUUCAAAGACCCUAAAAAGAACCCUGAAGAGGGAGAAGAUCAGGAUGAAGAUGAAGGAUUCGGUGGAAACAGAACGAAGACUAAGCCAACUAUCAGAAGUCAAGAGGAAGAAGAUGCAGAAUUGGAUUGGGAUCUAUAG